AUGGAUAACGACGAUACUCGAAGCUCGGGCGGGGAUGGAACCAUCCAUAUCCCGUCCAAUGACUCGAAAGAGCCGACUCCGGAAAGCCCGGGCUCUCGCUCCAACUAUGGAGAGUUCUACUGGUGAGCUCAUUUGUCAACCGCCAAUGCAUGCGCUUUCGGCUUGGUGAAAAUCUCCGCAACGAGAUAUUUCACCAAUGUCUCUCGAAAAUCUCUUCCAUUCUCUCACGCCGCACAGUUGUUCCUCUUGUCCGUGUUCUUUAUAUUCAUCUCUGUUUUUAAAAUAAUAAUAAGAAGAAGAUCCCAGUCCCUCUGUCCGAAGAGCCUCGCUAGUUGUAGUCCUCAGCCAACAACCCCCAAUGAACAUAUUUCUUUCUUAAGUUCAACGGAUAAGUUGAAAACGUAUCAGUAUACCAUCCAUAUGAAGAAGAAUGACGAGGAAAUUCAUGAGUUGGUUGAAAGUUGGUGAGUAAACGGGACGAUUAGACUAGUUGAGGAGCAUUCAUCGAUAAUUGACCUAACAUUUUCUUCCUGAUAACACGCCUGGAGUUCAUAACAAAUAGGCAGCAAAAUCAGACAACUUGCAUUUGAAAGCAGCAUUGAGUUGGCGUGUUGCAUGCAAUAGACACGUGUUUCCUUGUUAAGGGAUGAGUACUCCAGGGAUACUUCUGGUGAAAACAACUAUCACCAUACGUCUUCAUUUGACGAUGAUCUUCUCCUCGAGAUUGACGGUUCUCGUGGAACUGCUGUCGCUCGUCUGGACCGCACUCAGGUACGUUGAGCACAAAACACGUUGCACAAUCAGUCUGUUUUUAGGACGACUUGAACAAAUUCCGCCAACGUAUUGACAACAACGUCGAGCAACAAAAGGAGUACAGCGAGAUGAUGGCCGCGCUCCAGAACAAAGUUUGGAUGAUCACACAUUAAUACUCAAAUUCUAAUUAUAGGUCCAUGAGUACCGCAAGCACAUUGCUGAACUUGAAGGAAGAAUGGUCGGUGCUCGCAACCGUAUGCUCGAGGAUCCGUCUUCCAACAUCAUGAUCUUCGACAACUACGACCCGGGAAGCACCUACAUGUACUAAUUACUGCCAUUUUCUGACAAAUAGGGUUGCAGAACAGGCGCCUGUUUUGCAGAAUCUCCACAUUAAAAUUCCAAAACAGGCGAAAUAAGGCGCCUCUUCUGUAACCUUACUGACAAAUAUCCUCCAUUUUCAGCACCAAUCAUAACGUCGAGCUGUGGAGCCCAGCUAGAGGAAAACGAGAGACCAUCCUCGGAGGAGGAGGAGGAUUGGGCGGUCUGACGACUGUCAAUCUGGUUACUGGUGCCGGGGGACUUGGAGGAAGCGGUGCUAGUGGGUACGCUUCGGGAAUUGCAAGCCAUGGAUUGACUGGAGGUGGAGUGGGCGGUUACGGAGUGGCUGGCGAUCCGAAUGCCAACUACGAAAUGAUCGCUCGUCUGGAUGAGGAGAGAAGACGUUCCGACGAGUACCGUAUGCAAUGGGAGAACGAACGCCAGAAGGCGUUGGCUUUGGAAGACGAGAACGACCGUCUGAGACGCGAGUUUGAACGCUAUGCCAACGAUAGCAAAGACAAGGAGAAGACCUUCAUUAACCGUGAACGAGUAAGUCGUGUAGUCAAAAGAAUUUUAUAACAGUUAAAUUUUCAGAACUUGGCUCAAUAUCUGAGUGACGAGCAACGCAAAAUGCUCGAUCUCUGGACUGAGCUUCAACGCGUCCGCAAACAAUUUUCGGAUUUGAAGAUCCAAACUGAGGAGGAUCUUACCAAGCAAAAGUCCGAAUUUACCCGUGCUCUUCGCAAUGUCAGCAACAUCUCCAGAAACGCUGGAGCCGGGGUCGGUGAUGCUCUUGGUCUUUACGGACUGGAUGAUGGCAAUGACGUCACCAGAACUACUAACAACUACGAGAAAGUUCUGAUUGAGACUGUCAGAAGAAUGGCCGGAACUGGAAGCGCCGCUGGAGGUGCGUCUAGUGCCGACUUGCUUGAGGAGCUCAGAAAGAUCCGCGGUGGUGGCAGUUCGGAGGGCGACGCUGAGUUGCACAAGGAACUCAUAAAGAAGUACGAGGAGUCGAUCGAGCGCAACAUCGAACUGGAGUCCAAGGGCGACGACGCUCAGAGAAAGAUCGCUGAGCUUGAAGCUGAGCUCCGUCGUAACCGCGAGAAGAUGAAUGAGUCUCAGAGUGCCUUGAAGAAACUGCACGAGAUGGCUCAGGACAGUGAGAAGAACGUUGACGGUUCCGUUUCGAUCAAGAGAACCAGAUCGCUAUCUCCUGGAAAGACUCCACUUCCGCCAGCGGAGGCUCUUCGUGCUGUCCGCAACACUUUCCGCAACAAGGACAACGACAUUCAACAGCUGGAGAGGAAGCUCAAGAUUGCUGAGAACCAAGUCAAAGAGUUCUUGAACAAAUUCGAGAAUGCCGAUGAGGCUCGUCGUCGUCUUGACAAGCAACUUGCUGACGCCAAGCGUGAGGUCAGCAACCUCCAGAAGAAUGUCGAUGAGGCUGAACGCAACUCUCGCCGCACUGAGGACAAACUCAGAUCUUCGGAGGCUGAGCGCGUGGCUGCUGAGAAGGCCAGAAAGUUUUUGGAGGAUGAGCUGGCCAAGCUGCAGGCGUCGUUCCAAAAGAGCUCGACUGAUGAUGCUCGCAAGCUCCGUGACGAGAUGGACGAGCACGCCAACUCGAUUCAGGAGGAGUACAAGACCCGCAUCGAUGAGCUCAACCGUCGCAUUGAGACUCUUCUCCGUGAAAACAAUCGUCUCAAGUCCGAGGUCAAUCCACUGAAGGACAAGUACCGUGACUUAGAGAACGAGUACAACAGCACCCAGCGUCGCAUUGAAGAGAAGGACACUCAAAUCCGUUACUCUGAUGAUAUCCGUCGCAACAUCCAGAAGGAUUUGGAUGAUUUGCGUGAGAAGUACGACCGUGUUCACACAGACAACGAGAAGAUUCUUAGUGAAUUGGAGCAUGCUCAGAAGGCCGCUCAUUUGGCUGAGCAGCAGCUUAAGGAGAUCAAGGCUCAGCGCGAUGACUACCAGUAAGUGAAAAAAAAGUGUCUGCUUACAAUAUCUCAUUUCAGGAAGCAGAAGGAUGAGCACUCUCGUCACCUCUUCGAUAUUCGUCACAAGUUGGAGACCGAGAUCAAGGGACGUCAGGAUCUUGAGAAGAAUGGUGCUCGCAACAACGAAGAGCUCGACAAACUCCGCCAGACGAUCAGUGACUUCGAGAGUCAGAUCAACCUCCUCCGUCGUCACAACGACGAAUUGGACACCACCAUCAAAGGAUAUCAAGGAAAGAUCACUCAGCUGGAGAAUGAGUUGCACUCGCGUUCGGGAGAGAUCGAGAAGUUGAACGACCUCAAUCAACGUCUGCAGAAGGAGAAGCAGGAAGUUCUCAACCAAAAAUUGAAGUUGGAUGGAGACAUUCAAGCUCUCAAGGAGACUAUCAGAAAGUUGGAGAACGAGUUGGAGAAGCUGCGCAAUGAGAACAAUGAGCUCGCUGGAAAGGAAGCCCGUGCUAGAGAUGCAGCCAACCAACACCUGUCUCGUGCGAACCUGCUCAACAAGGAACUGGAGGACACCAAGCAAGACUUGAAGAACGUUAAUGAGACUAAUAAGCAGCUGGAGCAGGACAUCCGCGACUUGAAGGAACGUCUCGCCAACGCUGGAAGAACUGGGCGUGUUUCUCGCGACAGCACUCAGACCGGAUUUGCUGGAAGUGACCCGAAGGAUGUGACGAGCGGUGGGGCCUACGGAGACCGCAGCACUAUCGGUGAUUCGUCCAGAAAUCGUGGUGCGCCAGGCAGCACCGUCUACAUUCCAGGAGCAGAGGAUCUUGUUAAAAGCGAGGGAGGAGACGAAAUAAAUAUUCCCUCGGCUGAUGGACGUACUGGCCGUGACGGUCGUGAUGGUCGUGAUGGAAAAGAUGGAACCACCACUGGUCCACGUGGAACUAGCACCACCGUCAACACCAAGGAACGCAUAGAGAGAAUCGAGAAGAACAUUCUCGAUCGCUACCAUGAUGACGAGCUUGCCGAGCACAAAAUCCGUGAAAUCAACGAUCGUUGGAAGAGAGAACUCGAGCGUCUUGAAAACGAAAAGGAUGAUUUGGAGCGCAGAAUCCGCGAGCUUGAAGAUGAACUUUCUCAGAUUGGCCGCGGAAACGACAAGACUGAGAACGACAUUGCCGAGUUAAAGAGAAAGCACGCUGGCGAAAUUGACAAGCUGAAGAGCGACAUCAGCACGAUUCAUGACAAGCAUCUUAGCGAUUUGGAUGAUGAGAAGGAGCAGUACGGAAAGGCUCUUGAGAACUUGAAGUCGGUGGAGGAUGAUCUUCGCGACAAGCUCAAUAGCUUGGAAAAGCAGUUGGCUGACUCUCUAAACCGUGAGAACGAGCUCGAGAGAGAGAAGAGAGACUACGACGAGAAGAUCAACAGCUUAUACGGGCAAAACCAGAAGAUCAAGGAUGAGUGGGAUGACUUCCGCAACGACGCGGAUAAGGAAAUCCAGAAGUGGAAAACUGAUUCCUACACUAUACGUUCUGAGGCCAAGGCUCUUGAGACCAGCAACACUGCUCUCAAGGCUCAGCUCCAAGCUGCCAACGACAGAAUCGAUCAUCUGACUAAGACUGUCAAUGAUCAUACUUCCAAGAUCCGCGAUUGUAAGUUUCAUCAUUCCGUUCAUCCAAUUGAACAUCUUUGUUUUCAGUGACUUCUCAAAUCCGUCGUCUUGAGGAUGAACUUUCUGACACCAAGGGCAAUCUCGUGCAAAAGGAAAUGGAUCUUGAGUCCGCUCAAAACCGUCUUCGCUCUCUUGAGGAGCAGCACAGCACUCUCCAGAGUGACGCCAACAAAUGGAGAGGAGAGUUGGAUGCGGCUCUUCGUGAGAACGAUAUCCUCAAGAGCAACAACACCAACCUAGAUGCUGAGAUUAAUCGCUUGAAGAACCGUCUGAAGUCUGCCGAAGACGCGUUGAAGGAGCUGAAGAACAGUUUGGGACAUGCCAAGACUGAGAAGGAACGCCUUCAGAAUGCGUUCCGUGAGAAGACCAAGCAAGCCGAUCAUCUGAACCAACUGGCGUCGCAGUUUGACAGCAAGUUGACCAAACUUCGCAAUGAACUUCAGGAUACUAAUGACAAGGUUUGAACACUAGUACGUAACUUUCUUUUACAGUAGAUAUUUACAGCUUAUCACUUCCGACACUGAAAGAACUGCUCUUCGCAAUGAGCUCCAAAAGCUCUCGCAAGAGCUCAAGUUCGGAAAUGAGCAGAUUCAACGCAAGUCCGACGAGUACCAGACAACCAUCGAUGACUUGGCUCACUCCCAUCGCGUCUCCGAGGAUAGCCGUCUCAAUGCUCUUCAGGAACUUGGUGUCCGAUAUCCUGCUGACUAGGUAUAAUGAGUUUGUUUCAGAGGCCAGAAAGUACGAGAUCAACGACUUGACUUCUCGUCUUGACAGCGCUGAGCAACGUUUGUCUGUUCUUCAACAAGACUACAUCAAGGCCGAUUCGGAAAGAGAUAUCCUUUCUGACGCUCUUCGUCGCUUCCAAUCUUCUGCCAACCGUGUCAUCAACUUCCACAUCAACUCUCUCGACGGUGGAGCUGGAUACAUUGACGGCAGUGUUCCAGCCGGAGGACAGAGUAUUCUUGGAGGAGGUCCACAGGGACAACGCGCAGGAGCCUACGAUCCAACCGGAGGACAGAGUGUUCUUGGAGGAGGACCACAGGCACAACGCGCAGGAGCCUACGAUCCAAGCAGCGGAGUUGGUGGAAUUGGAACCGGAAUCACUGGAGGACCAGGCGGAUCUGAUUUCGGUCGUGAAAUCGAAAUAGGUCGCGGCGACUCGGACCCUUCAUCUGAUGUCGCUUAUCCUCGUUCGGUUCCAUUCCCACCAUCCGUUGACUACACCAGCGGACGUCCGGGCGCCACAUCUGGUCAGUUGAGAAAAUAUGAUUAGGUCCAAUUCAGUGAAUUUCAGCCGGCGGACGUGUGAUCAACAACCUCGAUGGCACCACCACUGUCAACUUGAAUGGUGGCUUUGAUAUUGCUAAUCUUGAGGGAACACUCCAGUCUCUAUUGAGCAAGAUUGAGAAACUUGAAAUGGAACGCAAUGAGCUCCGUGAUACUUUGGCAAGAAUGAAGAAGAAGACCACUGAGACGCACACUACCAUCAACCAGAAGGAAACUCGUUACAGAAACAUCGAGGAUAACCUCCAAGAUGCUGAGGAAGGUGAGAAAUAGAUAUAGAUACAUUCGAGUCAACACUUCUAUGUUGCAGAGAAACGUGCUCUCGAGUCUCGUCUUCAAUCGGCCAAGGCACUGCUACGCUCUCAGGAAGAGGCUCUUAAGCAGAGAGAUGAGGAGCGCCGUCAGAUGAAGUCCAAGAUGGUUGCUUCCGAGCUUCAAGCUCGUGGAAAGGAGGCUCAACUCCGCCACUUGAAUGUGAGUUUGGGACAGAAACAGAAAGUCAAUAUAAAAAUUUGUUUUUCAGGAGCAACUGAAGAAUUUGAGAACCGAUUUGGACAACGCUCACACUGACAUUCGUUCCCUCCGUGACAAGGAGGAGCAAUGGGAUUCUAGCCGCUUCCAAUUAGAGACAAAGAUUCGCGAAACCGACUCGGACUCCAGCAAACUCCAAAUCCAGAUCGCUUCCUUCGAAAGCGAACGCCAGACUUUGACCGAAAAGAUAAAGGAAUUGGAUGGUGCCCUUCGUUUGAGCGAUGCUAAGGUCCAAGACAUGAAGGACGACACGGACAAGCUUCGUCGUGACCUGACCAAGGCCGAGAGUAUUGAGAAUGAGCUCCGCAAGACCAUCGAUGUGCAGAGUAAAACUUCUCAUGAAUACCAACUUCUCAAAGACCAACUUCUCAAUACUCAAAACGAACUGAACGGUGCGAACACUCGCAAGCAGCAAGUGGACAAUGAGCUUCUGAACGUGCGCAGUGAGGUCAGAGACUACAAACAACGCGUCCACGACGUCAACAACCGUGUGUCGGAGCUGCAACGUCAGCUCCAGGAUGCCAAUUCAGAGAAGAACCGGCUGGAGGACAGACUCCUCGCUGUCGAGAAGAUUGUGAACACCCAGAGAACCACCGAAACUGAUCUUCGCCAACAACUAGAGACAGCCAAGAACGAAAAACGCGUUGCCGUCAAGGAGCUCGAGGACAUCAAGAGACGCCUCGCGCAACUGGAGAACGAGAGACGCAAUUCUUCGCAGCUCUCCGAUGGAUGGAAGAAGGAGAAGGCCACUCUUCUGAAAAAGAUUGAAAUUGUAGGCGGAAGUGGGUGAGGGGUAUCGAAUAAAAUUGUUUGUUUUGCAGCUGGAGAAUGAGAAACGUCGUACUGACGCAGCCAUUCGUGAGACCGCUCUUCAACGUGAGGCCAUCGAAAAGUCGUUGAAUGCCAUGGAACGCGAGAACAAGGAGCUCUACAAGAACUGUGCUCAGCUCCAGCAACAGAUUGCUCAGCUUGAGAUGGAGAACGGCAACAGAAUUCUUGAGCUCACCAACAAGCAACGUGAGGAACAGGAGAGGCAGCUUCUCAGAAUGCGCCAAGAAAAGGGCCAGGUGGAUCAUUUGACUGUUUCCUUUGUAUAUCUUGUGUUUUCAGAUUGAGAAGGUCAUCGAGAACCGUGAGCGCACCCAUCGCAACCGCAUCAAGCAGCUCGAGGACCAGAUUGCCAUUCUUCGUGACCAGCUCGACGGAGAGCGUCGUCGUAGACGCGAGUACGUCGACCGCUCCAUGGUCAACGAUAUCGGACGUCUUGGGUCCAAUGUGCUCGGAAUCCGCAGCAGCUACGGUGACAACAACAUUGAUAACAUCAUUCACGGAGGCAGCCGUUCCGUCGGGUACGUUGAUCGUAACAAAUCGAUUUUUUCUCCUUAACAUUUUGUUUUCGUUUGUGCGACUAGAUAAUAGUCAUUUCAGCUUCUAUCCUCGCUCGACUUUCGCGUCGAAUCCGUUGACUCCGCCACUUGGAACCUCGACUCCGACCCACCGCCCACACAUUUCCGACUUCCGCAGCGCCGUCGAUGCUGGCAGCAGUUACCGUCGUCCAAUUUCGACGAUUGAAGAUUCCGGUAUGGAAGUGACAUUCAAUACUUAUCCACCAGCAGCACCCAAACACUAUCAACAAACACCGGUUAUUCGAGUUCAUAGAAGUAGAAGCCGUGAGGUUUUGCACCAGGAAAUCGUGGAAACUAGAGAGAUUCAUGAGAGAGAAGAGAAGCAGAUUCAUAUUCCUGCAGCAGAAAACUAAUCUAAUUAAUUUUGAGUUAACUUCUACCUAAUGUUGUCGUCCUCUCGAAAUGAUUUACCCGUAUUACUGACCCCGUGUUUCUAACCAAAAUUUCUCAGAUUCUAAAACUCAAAAGGAGAAGAUUGACGGUCCUUUUGAUUCAUUUUCUCGUCUCGUGAGAAACUAGUGCAAUUUCUUCUCCAAUAGAUACACUGAAGUGGUGUACUUUUUUGCAGUCCAAGUUUUUGUGUCCGUCCAUCUUCUCCCCCAACAAAAACUGACCCUAGUGUGCUUGGGACCGUCUUCAUCAUAAAACUCUUUUCUAGGAUCGGUGUACGGCGGCUCGAUUAGAGAUCGCGACUCAGUCUACGGUGGCGGUCGUGACUCGUCAUUCGGUACGCGUGCCGGGGACUCGGUCUCUCGCGCCGGCGAACCACGUGAUCCGUCCAUCGUAGAGAUUCCAUCAAACGAGCCAAUGCAUACGUCCACCCAUUCUCAAGGAGGAUCUCGCUAUGAUACCCUGGCACCUAACCGCGACGACCUGUAG